CACAACUUACUCAACAGUCCUUUACGAAACAACAAGUAAAUAUUUAAAUAUCAAAACAUGAAGGUUUUCAUAACAUUAGCUGUUGUUUGCUUAAUAGCCAGUGUUUUGACCGUCGAACUGAACGAAGAACAAAAGGCCAAAGCCAAGCAAUACACCGAGGAAUGUAUUAAACAGGAAAAUGUAUCCGAUGCAGAUGCCAACAAAUUGCGCCAAAAGGACUUAGCUAAUCCCUCACAAAAUAUGAAAUGUUUCGGUACAUGUUUCUUUGAAAAACUUGGCACUUUGAAGGAUGGCAAAGUACAAGAAGAUGUUGUUUUGACCAAAUUGGGAGCCAUCAUUGGCGAGGAUAAGACCAAGACUGUUUUGGCUAAAUGCAAAGAUGUCAAGGGUGCAGAUCGCUGUGAUACUGGUUUCAAACUCUAUCAAUGUUUCGAAAGUGCUAAAGCUGAAGUAGCUGCUUAGAUAUUAAAUUGACAGUAUUAAUGUUAAUUAAAAGUAUUAAUGAGCAGUAGAAAUGUAAAUUGUUGAAAAUAAAGUUUUAAAAGAAAUGUUAAA